AGGAGAAGCCACCGAGCUCUGGGGCCUCUGUUUCAGGGGAGAUGGAAGGACAAGUGGGAGGCUCCAAAACAGCUUCCAUCGUGGCCGAUGUGUCUGAGACCACCUUUGAGACCCUCUUCGGGGAGGAGAGGAUUGGGGGUGAAGUCCAUUCCAUGGUGUGGGACCCCACUGGGGAGAGACUCGCCGUGAUCCUCAGAGGACAUCCCGAUGAUCCCGGGAGCCAGGCCAUCGUCGCCGUCUUCCGCACCCGCAACAGCCCUGUCUUUGAGCUCCUGCCCUGCGGUUUCCUGCGAGGGGAAGGGGGGGCACAGCCCCAGCUCAUCGCCUUCCACCCCUGCUUCAAGAAGGGCGCCCUCCUGACCGUGUGCUGGUCCACGGGGAAGAUCAGCCACGUCCCCUUCUUCUUCGUCAGCGCCCACAUCCCCUGCGCCAGCCCCGGCCCCGUCACAGCCAGUGCUGGGGGGUGGGAGCAGCCCCUCUUCUCCGAGCGGUGACAACACCCCUGUCCUCAGUGUCCCUGUCCCCCCAGAGCCAGCGUCGGGACGGUCCCUCCGUCCUCAUCCUCCUGGGACACACGGCAGGGCCGUGGGUGCCUUCGGUCCCUCCUGGGGGGUCUUGUGGGGCCAGAGGGAUUAAAUCUGGCUCUUUUCCCCCCCUCUCACUGCUG